UAUACACACACAUAUAUGACUUCUGUUUAUCUCCCUCUCAUUUCACCAAAACCUUACCAAAACCUCAAACCAUCUUAGCCUCCUCACAAGUCACAACCACCAUGAGCGCAAAAGAUGGUUGCGGCCACCACCACGACUACUACAAACGCCGGAAAUUCUACUACCAUGUAAUGGCAGCCAUUAUCGCGCUAAUCAUCCUAAUCCUCUUUGUAAUCCUUCUCAUAUACCUCAUCCUCCGCCCCACGAAACCUACUUUCACCCUCCAAGACAUCACGCUUUACGCGUUCAACAUCUCCACAACCACCACUACCCUCACUUCCAACCUCCAAAUCACCAUUUCCUCUAGGAACCCAAAUUCCCGAAUAGGGAUAUAUUAUGACAAACUAGACGUAUACGCCACAUAUAGGAACCAACAAAUCACACUACCAACAAUGAUUCCGCCAACGUACCAAGGCCACAAGGAUGUUAAUGUUUGGUCUCCAUAUCUUUAUGGAAAUGAAGUUCCAGUGGCACCAUACCUUGCAAUGUCAUUGGCUGAAGACGAGACUGCUGGGACAGUGUUGGUUAACGUUAGAGCUAUCGGACGAGUGAGAUGGAAGGUUGGAACGUUUGUUUCGGCAACGUACCGGUUGAAUGUGAACUGUCCGGCUUAUAUAACGUUUGGGAAUAAGAACAAUGGUUUUGUUGUUGGUCCUGCUGUCAAGUACCAGGUUGUUGAAGGGUGUAAUGUGGAUGUUUAAGGUUAGAUGUUUUAACGCCGUUAGACGACGUCAUGUGAAUUUUGACUUUUGUAGUUUUAUGCAAAAUAUUUUUAAGCUUUGGUGUUGUUCUAAGUUGACAUAUCAGAAUAAUGUAUUCACUGGCCAGAAGUUUAUAAAAAGAGUUAAUUGCUCGGA